AUGAGUGAAACGACAGAGCAAGUUCACAUCGCACUCGACAACACGGGCCACGGUCCGCUCCGAGUCCUAGGGUUCGCAGACAUCCCGGUCCACUAUGAACUCCCUUCCAACGCCCGUUUUGCGCACGGAGUGGUGAAGUGGCGACAGGCCCCCGCAGUCACGGCCCGCGAGCUAACCAUGGUCGCCGUGAUGAACCAUCUCACUGAUCGGCCUGCGUGCCUGGUCUUGACGGAAGGAGGACAAGUGGACCUCGACAACGUGCUGGGCUCCUAUCGAGAUGUGAAGGUUACGCCCAAGCCUUACGAUCGACGGACUAAUUCCCAGUACUUGCAGGGGAAAAUAGAGAGAUUAGGCAGUCCAUGCUGGGGUAUCGGCCCUCCCCAUGGUGACAAGUCCAAGUUCUACCACUGGAGUUCCAACUACCAAUACCUUCCAUGCGAGGUGGAAUUUCUCCACGACUUCGGGACGGAGGUGCAGAUCACCUCGUACAUCAACAACCUGCACCCGGCACCUAAGGAACCGGGAACCGCUUUUUCGUACGAGGAGUGGAAGACCAAUCGACCCAACGAUAAAGCCAUCAUCGACAUCGUUCGUCACCGAAAUGACCGGCAUCCGAACCAGCGGUCCUUCGAGCCUCUUACUCCUCCACACACCCCCUACACGAUCUCUCUCCAAGACACCUUCCGCAAGCAAGGCCUGCAAAUCACGGUGGAGAUGGAGAACGUCGAACUCACCCCCCAGAAUCCCACAUACACCAACGACUCUUGGCAGCUCGACGGCCAACUAAACGAACACAUCGCCGCCGUCGCCGUUUUCGCCUACGACGUUUCAAACACCACCUUCCCCAAGAUCUCAUUCCGACAGAACACGACCCUCUUUGGAGACUUCUACCAAAUCGCCGAGGAACUAUAUACCACAAGGGACUAUGAUCCCCGCACUUUACGAGCCCACCGAUGUGGCAAAAAUUACGCGGAAGAGCUCUGGGCAGUAGGAAGUAUUCUGGGAUUCGAGAACGCUUUUCACCUCCCCAGCGAUUAUCACGGGAUGUUAUCAUACCAGGACAUCGGGUCCGUCGUAACUCCACAAGGUCGAUUAAUCACGUUUCCAAGCGUGUUGGAGUACCGGGUCGAACCGUUUCAGCUGAUGGAUGCGACUCUCCCCGGGCAUUAUCGCUCAAUCAAGAUGUAUCUGAUUGAUCCACACUACCGCAUAUGUUCGACUCGAAAUGUGCCGCCACAGCAGCAUCACUGGUGGACGCAGGAAGCGGGUAAGGCUCUUGCUACGGCGGGACUGCCUCGUGAACUCGUGGAUGAGAUCUUCCGUAGAACAGAUGACUGGCCGAUGUGA